CCUCGGAGUCCGGGGCUGCGGGCGUCCUCGCUUCCUCCCUCCCGGAGGCGGGCCCGACCCCGCCCCCGCGCCCCGGGUGGCUCCCGGCGGUCCCUCCCACCUCCUACCCUCGGCCUCCCCGGCACGGCGCACUCCCCGCCGGCCGCAGCCUGACACGCCGCGCGGCCCCCCAGUCUCCCCGGCCGCCUCCCCCAGGCAUGGCCCAGGGCCUCGCCUCACUAUGGCAGCAGCACGGCACAGCACCCUCGACUUCAUGCUCGGCGCCAAAGCUGAUGGUGAGACCAUUCUGAAAGGCCUCCAGUCCAUUUUCCAGGAGCAGGGGAUGACAGAGUCGGUGCACACCUGGCAAGACCAUGGCUAUUUAGCGACCUACAUAAACAAAAACGGCAGCUUUGCCAAUUUGAGAAUUUACCCGCAUGGAUUGGUGUUGCUGGACCUUCAGAGUUACGACGGUGAUGCGCAAGGCAAAGAAGUUGACAGUCUUUUGAACAAAGUAGAAGAAAGAAUGAAAGAAUUGAGUCAGGACAGUACUGAGCGGGUGAAGCGAUUACCACCCAUAGUUCGAGGAGGGGCCAUCGACAGAUACUGGCCCACUGCGGAUGGCCGCCUGAUUGAGUACGACAUAGAUGAAGUGGUUUAUGAUGAAGACUCACCUUACCAGAACAUUAAAAUUUUACACUCAAAACAAUUUGGAAAUAUUCUCAUCCUCAGUGGGGAUAUUAAUUUGGCGGAAAGUGAUUUGGCGUAUACCCGGGCCAUCAUGGGCAGCGGCAAAGAAGAUUACACUGGCAAAGAUGUACUGAUUCUAGGAGGCGGAGAUGGGGGCAUAUUAUGUGAAAUAGUCAAACUGAAACCAAAGAUGGUCACUAUGGUAGAGAUUGACCAAAUGGUGAUUGACGGAUGUAAGAAAUACAUGCGGAAAACAUGUGGUGAUGUCUUAGACAAUCUUAAAGGAGACUGCUAUCAGGUUCUAAUAGAAGACUGUAUUCCAGUACUGAAGAGGUACGCCAAAGAAGGGAGAGAGUUUGAUUAUGUGAUUAAUGAUUUGACAGCUGUUCCAAUCUCUACAUCUCCAGAAGAAGAUUCCACAUGGGAGUUUCUCAGACUGAUUCUUGACCUCUCAAUGAAAGUAUUGAAACAGGAUGGGAAAUAUUUUACACAGGGGAACUGCGUCAAUUUGACGGAAGCCCUGUCACUCUAUGAAGAACAGCUGGGGCGCCUGUAUUGUCCUGUGGAAUUCUCGAAGGAGAUCGUCUGUGUCCCUUCAUACUUGGAAUUAUAUCCUUUGACCACAUCAUUGUGUUGCCAAAUCUGAACUCCCAUGUAAAUACCAUGCCCGUUUAACAUUUUAAAGAAACAGAACUCUUUCUGUAGUACGUAUAAGGCCCUGGUUUUCAAACCUGGCUGCACAUUGUAAAACCCUGGGAGCUUUAAAACAAUACAGAUUCCUGGGUCCCACCCUCAGGCGCUGGGGUGUGGCUUGACACAGCUUCCCAGGUGGCACCACUGGUUCUCACAGGCAGUCCCCAGACCUGUGGCAUCACCUGGGAACUAGUUAGACAGGCAAAUUCUCAAGUCCCGCCCCAGCCUGCUGACCAAUCAGAAACACUGGAGGGUUGGGCCCCGUGACCUGCCUUGAGCAGCCUGCCAGGGGAUUGAUGUGCACUUUAAAGCUUCAGAAGCCCCAGUCUAGACGCCAUCCCAGCUGGAGCAGGCUGACUGAAGAAGCUCAUUGUCCUUUUAUGUUAAAAUUAUUCUGCUUUAAUGUUAGUUUCUACACUUCACUUGAUUCUGAUUUGCAGUAGAGAGAUAGAGCUGAAAAUAGUGCUGGCCAUUGCAAAGUUAAUGCUGAUGUUCUCCAUUAGUUCCAAUUAGUCAAGUUAGUCCAGAGAAAUAAGAAAAGAACCCGGAGAAAAGCCAAAUGAAAGCAUUGUCAUUGGAAAUUUAUAGUGCACUUCUUCCUCCUAAAAAUUAGACCAAAGCUUCCUUACUGGAGGUGGCAGGGUCCAGCUUCCUGUGAGAGCAGGUGUCAUUGCUGUCCCGGGAGACCCUGUGACUGCUGCUGGCCUGCUAGCCUGAGCUCUGACCACGACAGCCCCCUGGGCAGGUGGGGCGGCCAGGUUCCUCGUGGCAGGUGGAGAGCUUUGACACCUCUCCCCUCUGAGCAUGUUCGUCAGGGUUCCUCUUCAGAGCAUUUGUUACAGUCAGGUCUUCGCUCAUAUGUUGAAAGACUUUAGAAAGCAGUUGAUAACAUCUGGAAAAAAGGGUUCCACCCUCUGGCUCCCCUGUGGUUCCUCUUCCUCUCCAUCCUUCCACCUUUUCUCCCCUUCUCUUCUUAGCUCCCUCUCCUUCUCCCACCUCCCCCUCUUUCUCUCUUCCUCCCACCCCCACCCCACCUCUCACCUCCCUCUUUCUUUUUUUUAAUUUUUUAAAUUUAUUUAUUAUUUUGGGGGGGUACACCAAGGUCAAUCAUCUGUAUUUAUACACAUAUCCCCGUAUUCCCUCCCUUCCUUGACUCCCCCUCCCUCGAGUCCCCCCCACCCUCCCCGCCCCAGUCCUCUAAGGCAUCUUCCAUCCUCGAGUUGGACUCCCUUUGUUAUUCAACAACUUCCCACUGGCUAUCUAUUUUACAGUUGGUAGUAUAUACAUGUCUAUGCUACUCUCUCGCUUCGUCUCAGCUUCCCCUUCACCCCCCGCCCCCUCCCAAACCUCGAGUUCUCCAGUCCAUUCUCUGCACCUGCGUCCUUGUGCUUGUCACUGAGUUCAUCAGUACCAUUUUUAGAUUCCGUAUAUGUGAGUUAGCAUACAAUAUUUGUCCUUCUCUUUCUGACUUACUUCACUCUGUAUGACAGACUCUGGGUCUGUCCACCUCAUGACAUAUAGCUCCAUCUCAUCUCACCUCCCUCUUUCUUGUCUUUGUCUCUUCCUCCUCCCCACUCUUCCUUCUCAUAUUAAUUCCCUAAAACAUUUUAGACUCCUUGGAAGCAGACGUGUUAACCUUUUCUCUGCUUACCUGCCACCACCCCCACCCCCGACAUCACAGGUGGUGGGCAUCCUGGCUGCUAAGUGUCCUUGUUGAAGAGGCCUUCAUUCUCAUUACCACAGUGCUGUAAGCUCUGAAGCUUCCAUCCAUCUUCCAAUUUG